AGUGAAAAUAAUCAGCAAACUAGUCUAACAGAGGACCCUUCUUCUUCUUCUUCUUCUUCUUCUUCCACGGCUCAUUUUGAUCCAUGAAUCGAUCUCCACAAACCCUAGAACUGAAAAUGCACUUAAUGGGUUCUCUUCAACUGGGUUUUCAACAUCUGGGUCGAGAUCAAACUUUCACGAAACCCAUCAGGAGCUUUGGUCUUCAGUGAUUGGAGUAGAGAAAACAAGAAAUUCGACUUCUUCUGAACCUGUAGCCUGUGAUUCUGAUUCAGAUUCAAAAUUUUCUUUUGGGUUUUUGAUUGAGACAAGUUCUUUGGGCUGUUCUUUGACUGUAGAUGUUCUUCAUUUUCAAGUUCAGACUCGAUUUUCAAUCAUGGUUAGGCGUCAUGGGUGGGAACUUCCCGCUCACACAUUGCAGGUUGUGGCCAUAACAGUGUUUCUCUUGCUAUCUGUUGCAUUUUAUGCAUUUUUUGCUCCCUUUCUUGGAAAGGAUAUUUAUGAAUACGUGGCCAUUGGUGUCUAUUCGUUCUUGGCAAUUGGUGUAUUUGUACUCUAUGUUAGAUGCACGGGUAUUGAUCCUGCUGAUCCUGGAAUUCUGAUUGAAGCUGACAAGACAUCAGCCUAUAGAUCACACAAUGACACAGAUUUACCUGGGAAUGCAUGUUCUGUUGAGGAAUCUGUCAAGGUAGGACAGAAUGAUGGAGGAAAACCUUAUAAGAAUGGUUCAAGUUGUUGUUCAAAAGUUGGGGGAAUCUUUUGCGGUUUUCUUGUUCAGGAAGAUUGCCGCAAAGAUGAACAUCUUCUGCAACAACAAUCUGCAGAAGAGGGUUUAUUCUGCACAUUGUGCCAUGCUGAGGUACGCAAAUUCAGCAAACAUUGCAGAAGCUGCGAUAAAUGUGUUGAUGGAUUUGAUCAUCAUUGUCGUUGGUUAAAUAAUUGUGUGGGGAGGAAAAAUUAUAUCACAUUUGUUUGCCUUAUGGGCAUGAGCCUUGUCUGGCUUGUUUUUGAAUGUGGGGUUGGCAUUGCCGUCUUUGUCCGAUGCUUUGUUGAUCGAAAGGCUACUGAAAAUCAGAUAACUGUGAGGCUUGGAGAUGGAUUCUCCCUCCCCCCCUUCGCUUCCGUUGUGGCCCUAUGUACAGCUGUUUCUUUUCUUGCUAUGGUGCCUCUCGGAGAACUGUUUUUUUUCCACAUGAUUCUGAUACGGAAGGGUAUCACGACAUACGAGUAUGUUGUUGCCAUGAGGGCACAGAGCGAACCUCCUGGACCAUCUGUAGAUGGAGGAGAUCAGCUUAGUUUGCCUUCUUCACCAACAAGUUCGGCUGUGACUGCAAUUAGUGGAAGAAGCUCUGUCGGGUUGGGCCUGCAAUAUAAAGGUGCUUGGUGUACGCCUCCAAGAAUCUUUAUGGACCACCAGGAUGAAAUUAUCCAUCAUUUGGAGCCAGGACAUCUACGAUCUACGGUGGAUCCAGAUGCAGCACAGCCAUCCGACAAGGGGAAAGUACCCCAGCGUCCAGUCAAAAUUAGUGCAUGGAAGCUCGCAAAAUUGGAUUCCAACGAAGCAAUUAAAGCAGGUGCAAAGGCCAGAGCUUCAUCAUCCGUGCUACGUCCAGUAAGUUCUCGACACCAUCCUUACGAUGGCGAUCACUUAUCAAGCAGCUAUGUCAGCAGCAAAAGCAGUCCUAUCAGUACCAAUCAAGGAUUUAAUGACGGAAAUGCUAGAGCAGGGACACCAAGAAUAUCUCGUGCUAGCCACGAAGAUCUUGAGAGUUGCGGUCACGACCGUAGUAACCUAAGUAGUCCUUACCUGACCAACACUCGCACACCGUCUCCCUUGGAUCAGCGGACUUCGAAUAGAGAUGACCUCAACCCCAUAUAUCAGUCAUCAGCUAAUCAAUCUCCUCAUUCAGCAAAACCAAGUGGUGGAUAUGAUAAUUUAUCAUGGAUACCGGUGAGGAAAAACAACUCAUGCUCUGCAGAGAACUCAAGGUCUUCGGUUUUUUGGGAUCAGGACGCUGGGCGGUUCGUCUCUGCAGCCACCAGAAGUGUCGGUUCUUCUCAUGCUUCGGGAACAGAGCUUUCAAACGCGGGCCAAUCUAUAUUCUUUGGUGGGCCUCUUGUGAAUGAACAAUUGAACAGAGGGCCAAGAAAUAGCAGCAGUUCAAUGCCUACUGCUCCGGAGAGAGGUCCCACGUCAAGUUAUUACCAGCAGCAGGGUCGAUCACAGAGGGGCGGCCAGCUUCCCGUGUUUGUUCCGAGCGAUUCACAGCAAAGCCAAUUUUCUUCUAGAUUGCAUUGAGACUUUAAUGAGACACCAAAUUGUUUUCCCAGAGAUAUAUUUACACAUAUAAAGAGUUCGAUCCACGAUUUUCGGAUUCUGUUUUAUUUUACUCAUCUUUUGUGGUUUUUAGAUAUCUAAUGAAUCUAAUCCAAUCCAA